GCCUCGACUCUCCGGGGUCCGCAGUCGGGAUGUGAUCCUGACGCCCCCGGGAUUUCAGAGGAAGAUGCAAAACCAAUCUUCUUGCCAACUCAGCGGUCGCUCUCACUUCCAGUCCAGUUGUCCUUCUGGAAUUAUCGCACAGUUGUAUCAAAGCCAGUUAUUAACAUAUAUGGUGUCCCUUGGAUUUCUUUUAAAAACGAGGAAGUACGACAGGGGGGAAACGACCGGUUAAUGUAGCUUGCCAACUUUUUUAGUUUUUUGUGUACUGCAAAAUAACCGUUUGUGCGUGCUUGUAUUUGGGGAUCCUAGCUCGAUUAGGUUAACGGCAGGGAGGACACCGCCUAAUACUGCGUUGCAAGAGGAUGAGUAGUAAUUUAGAAAUGCAGUAGGUCUGACUCGUGGGAGGAGCAAAGAUUGAGAAGGGUUCACUAUAGCGAAGUGAAGAACUGGGCAGUGAUAACAUCCUUAGGUCCCGUGUCGUCCUUAAACUUCAGAAGAGGCUGGUCAGCUCUUCGGCCACUACUUUAAGGGGUAACCUCUCUCCGCUAGGGUUUGGUCCAGGCUCUCCAAGCUUGUUUAUUUUUAGACGUAUUCUGACAGUAGGGGACGUCUGUCAGUUUUACCUGGAUUGCAUAGACGACCGUGUGUAAUGAGAGGGCUGAGCUUUUGAAAUUCUUCAACCAUGACUAAAAGAGAAGCGGAGGAGCUGAUAGAAAUUGAGAUUGAUGGAACAGAGAAACCAGAGUGCACAGAAGAGAGCAUUGUAGAACAAACCUACACCCCAGCUGAAUGUGUAAGCCAGGCCAUAGACAUCAAUGAGCCAAUAGGCAAUUUAAAGAAACUACUAGAACCAAGACUGCAGUGUUCUUUGGAUGCUCAUGAAAUUUGCCUGCAAGAUAUUCAGCUGGAUCCAGAACGAAGUUUGUUUGACCAAGGAGUAAAGACAGAUGGAACUGUACAGCUUAGUGUACAGGUAAUUUCUUACCAAGGAAUUGAACCAAAGCUAAACAUCCUUGAAAUUGUUAAACCUGCGGAAACAGUUGAAGUAGUUAUUGAUCCAGAUGCCCACCAUGCUGAAGCUGAAGCACAUCUUGUUGAGGAAGCUCAAGUGAUAACUCUUGAUGGCACAAAACACAUCACAACCAUUUCAGAUGAAACCUCAGAACAAGUGACAAGAUGGGCGGCCGCACUGGAAGGUUAUAGGAAAGAGCAAGAACGCCUUGGGAUACCCUAUGAUCCCAUACAGUGGUCCACAGACCAAGUGCUGCACUGGGUGGUCUGGGUAAUGAAGGAAUUCAGUAUGACUGAUAUAGACCUCAGCACACUCAACAUUUCGGGAAGAGAGUUAUGUAGUCUCAACCAAGAAGAUUUUUUUCAGCGGGUACCUCGGGGAGAAAUUCUCUGGAGUCAUCUGGAGCUUCUUCGAAAAUAUGUAUUGGCAAGCCAAGAACAACAGAUGAAUGAGAUAGUUACGAUUGAUCAACCUGUGCAAAUUAUUCCAGCAUCAGUGCAGUCUGCUACACCAACUACCCUUAAAGUUAUAAAUAGUAGUGCAAAGGCAGCUAAAAUACAAAGAGCUCCAAGGAUUUCAGGAGAAGAUAGAAGUUCACCUGGGAACAGAACAGGAAACAAUGGCCAAAUCCAACUAUGGCAAUUUUUGUUAGAACUUCUUACUGACAAAGAUGCUCGAGACUGCAUUUCUUGGGUUGGUGAUGAAGGCGAGUUUAAGCUAAAUCAGCCUGAACUGGUUGCACAGAAAUGGGGACAACGUAAAAAUAAACCUACUAUGAACUAUGAGAAACUCAGUCGUGCGUUAAGGUAUUACUAUGAUGGGGACAUGAUUUGUAAAGUUCAAGGCAAGAGAUUUGUGUACAAGUUUGUCUGUGACUUGAAGACUCUUAUUGGAUACAGUGCAGCAGAGUUGAACCGUUUGGUCACAGAAUGUGAACAGAAGAAACUUGCAAAGAUGCAGCUCCAUGGAAUUGCUCAGCCGGUCACAGCCGUAGCCCUGGCUACUGCUUCUCUGCAAACAGAAAAGGAUAAUUGAGCCCAGGACCUUCUGGGAAUUUGAGGUCUUUCUUAAAUAUUAGAGCAAGUAUUGCUCUUACCUUUAUUACUGAAUUUGAAUCUUCUUUUAUUUCUAGACUGUACAAUCUGAUGCAUGAUUUUUUAUAAAUAUUUCAUACUCUUGUGAAUUUGGAUCUUUUUACUUUGAGCAUAUAUUUUAGAAUAUGUAUAUAUUAUAGGAUCACCACAAUGUCUUCAGCGUGAAGGCAGGUUCAUUGUGGGAUAGUUUGUUAACAGUCAGGAAAGCUAAACUGGUCAGUAUUAAUGUCUAGCUCUACCAAAAAUCUCCAGUAGCAUCUGAGGAUGAAAAAUAAAUGAAGUCUCUACAGGAAACAGUCUGGCUUAACUACAGUAGUCCCUCCUUAUACACAGAGGAUGCGUUCCAAGCCCCCCAGUGGAUGCCUGAAACAUCAAGGAUAGCACCGAACCCUAUUCGUACUACGUUUUUUCCUCUACAUACAAACCUAUGAUAAAGUUUAAUUUAUAAGUUAGGCACGGUAAGAGAUUAACAACCAUAACUUCUCUGUGGUAUAUCCGAAUUGCCGGCAUCACUGCUCUUGCACUUUGGGGCCAUUAUUAAGUAAAAUAAGGGUGACGAACACAAGCACUGCAAUAGCACAAUAGUCUAGACGCUGCCAAUCAUGAGCAGGUAGCAUGUCCAGCGUGGAUGCGCUGGACACAGGCAUGAUUCACGUCCUGGGCGGGACAGAAUGGGACGGCUUGGGAUUUCAUCAUGCUACUCAGAACAGCGCACAAUUUAAAACUUAUGAAUUGAUUAUUUCUGGAAUUUUUCAUCUAAUAUUUUCAGACUACAAUUGACCGCUGGUAACUGAACUGCGGAUAAGGGGGGACUACUGUAUUUUUGAAAAUAUAACUGUUUCCCCUCUCUGCUGCUUUAGAUGUUGCUUUACACAGAACCAGUAAAUGGAGCUUCUCACAGCUAAAGAUGUGUGCCUGUUUCAUCUAAUCAAGCAGAGCUAAAAUAUAUCGAAUAAAAUUAUAAUAAUAAUAAAUUACUAAACUAAGAGUAUCAAGUUAUUAAAGUAAUUUAUCUAUUUGCAAGCAAAGGACAGUAAGAAGUCAGUGGCAGAAGAGCAGUGCUGAAGAAAGAGAUCCAGGUUUAAAUCUGGCUUAACUCAAGCCAAUUUUAAGGACUUUCUGUACAGAUUAUUCGUAAUGUCAGGACAAGAAUUUAAAUUAUUUUGAGAGGCAUUUAAUUCUAAUAAACUAACUAUUAGAAAAUUUCUGAAAUGAUCUCUGUUUUUCCUGUCAGAGAUUUAAAAAACUGAAAAGGUUUACCUCAGCCAGAAAACAAGUUUGGUUUUAGUUUGGUUUGGUAUGGCUUCCUUUUUUUUUUUUUUUUUUAAUUACCCUAUCGUGUCAGUUUAUUAUGCAGAGCAGCGUAUAUAAUCAUUGUGCUUCUGAUGAAAUGAAGACUUUAAAUCAGUCAGCAGUACUUUACAUUAGAAAAUCACUUGCAAAUAGUUUUAAAGGGAAAUUUUGACCUCUGGUAUAGGCAGUCUUUUAAAACAAAAUUUCACAUUUAUUUAAUUUUUUCCUUUUGAAUGUUAUGUAUGUGUGAAUAUACAAAUGUCUAUAUACGUGUCUAAUUGACUAUUAUAUAUACACACAUACCUGGGAAGACAUAAUGAUAUUGAAAAGGAAAGCUACUUCAAAAGGUAAUAGCUCAUUUGAAAAACUCUUUAAAAAUUAAAUAAUUCUAUAUAUAUGAAACUCUUAACCACAAGCUAACACUAAACAGAAAUGGCUUGAAGUGUCUUUCUUUUUUGCUUGAUUGCUCACUCGCUUGCUUGCUUUUUUCUUUUUGUUGUUUGUUUUAAGGUAUUAUGCAUAAAUCAUGAUAUGAGAUAUUGGCAAAUAGUUUUUAAUUCUUUUACAGCAGAGACUGAUUCUCAAAUAUUACUUUAUGCACCUUCUCCCUCAUCAUUUCCUCUAAAUCCAUCCCCCAAAAGACAUUUCUAAGAGCUCAGUUCAGGCUUUUGACUAAUGAGGAGGAAAGGGCCGUGGUGGUGCAGGCAGGGUGGCGUUGGCAGCGGCUGCUCCGAAUGCUGAGUAGUGGUGUGAGAUGAACCACCGGAGGCAGGGUCUUAGGAACAGGGAGAGGAGGGAUCUCUGCUCUCCUUUCCUGGUAACCUCAGAUCAUCAUUUUAAGUGCGGUGUUAGAGGACUACACGUGUAAUGUAGUUCGUUUAUAUUGUAUUGUCCUUUAAGACCCUGUAGUAGAUACACGAAAAGAAUAAAAUUUGUAACUUCCAUUUUUACCUAUUUAUAACUACUUACAGAAUAGACUGACAUAUUAUUAGUUUAAUUUGGGCGCUGUGAUUACAAGAAUAUUUGAGUAGGAUAGCAUAUGAAAUAAAUAUAGAAACUCUUGUUUCAGAUAACAAAUAGAUAGCUAAAAAGAAGGUUUUGAACCAUCCUCUUAGGGCCUGGGGAGUAUUCAAGUUGCUUGUAGUUUUAAAAAAUAACAGAGUAUACUCUUCUAGUAUAUUAUCAAGAGCUUAGAAUUGUUGACUUUGAUUUAAAAUGUUUUUGGGGAGAUACUUACGUUAAACUUUUGCCAAGGUUGACAGACUUCCUUUAUGUCUCAAUUACAUGUAUAUACAUUUUUACGGCAAGUAACACCCACAUUUCUUUUAGAUCUCUGAAAUCAAACUAUUAUUUUUCUCUUUUAACCAUUCCACAGAUGCUUUUUUUUAAAAAACAUGUUCUAUCCAUUUUCUUUCUUUGGUAGUUUUUAUUUUAUUUCUCGUUGUAAUUUGAACAGAGACAGUUCUCAUACACGACCAGGUGCUGUUUCUUUUAUCUUUGCCUCUCGCCAUCAUUUUAAGCACCAUAACAGAGGUAAAGUAGUGAGACUAAUUUCCCCAGUUGAUUUGGGAAACUUCUGUUACUUUCCUCAACUUAUAUAUAAACUAUUUCCAUUGUCCUUGUUGAAGUUACAGUCAUCAGAAAGCCAAGUAGUCUUUUCUUUUACUGAAAGAUAACUUGUGUGGUGAAAGAGUAAUAUACUUCAUGCUACUCAUUCUUUGCUCUGUUUUUGUGAAUGAAUUUUCUGUAGGAGAAUUUACAGUAAAUUCAAAGGAAGAAGUAUUGGUCAUCUUUUGUACUGUGUAAGUACAAAACAAAAUACUCAUUUUUCUUUUGAAGCUUGUUUUCCACAUAAGGUUCUCAUUGAGCCAACUUUCAUGCAUAUUUUGCUAGCCUGAAGUUUGGAAAUUUGUGUUGGCAUCAGAAAAUCAAACAGUAGGCAGAAUUGCUAUGUGUGCUUGAUCUUCACAUAAAUUGACUUAUCACAUUCAUUUUUUAUCAAUCCAUGUCAAUUAAUUAGGAAGAAUUGUUUAGUUGUUUUUCUCCCUUGAUUAAUGGUGAAACUCAAGUAUAUUUCUUAAAGAGUUGUGCCUCCAAAUAUUUUUGGUGCGGUCUGCUGUUUUCCAUAUUCAUCAUUUUAUGCUACUGCCUUUUAAAAAGAACUAGUGUAUCUUUGAAAUAGCACAGAAAUUGUUUUAAAAUUCAUAAUUGCAAAACAACCUGUGACUAAAUGUCUUCAUAUCUAGAGGAUGUAAAAAUAUUGAUAUUUCAGUGAUAUUUCACUUAUUGCCAGAAAAAAAUAUUCUCAAUCUUUUGUAAAAGGGAGGAGGAUUUUUGCAUACAUUUUUACUCUUUAAAUAAAGACACUUAUACUGUCAUAAUAACAA